AUGGCUAAAGAGUACAUGUGUGAUUUGAAAGCGGGCUCAGGUGUUGGGGGAGAAAUGCAAAAAGGUGGAGAUCAUGAAACAGGGCUGCCUGAACAGAGACAUGAUGGACAUAGGAUAACUGGGUGUCCCGAAAGAACCAGAAUAUAUGUUAUGCCUGUCAGAAACCAAACCAUCUUACAAAAGAUUGUCGACAAUAAGGAUAUUGUCAACUAUAAGGAUGUUGCAUGCCCUAUUGCUCGAGGACCUGUUUACCAUAUUAGUGGAGAAGAAGCACCAUCUUCCUCAGAACUUAUUCUAGGAAUGGAUUGGUUGUCUAGCAACUACUUCAUGAUAGAUUGCGCCCAACGGAAUGUGAUAUUUAUAGAUCCCGAUACUUUGAAGUUCCUUUCGACCAACAGACUAAGGUUUUCUCAUAAAGGAGGAGUUCAAAAAAAUGUGUUUCUCAACUCCAUCAAUUUGACUCCAGAGGUUGUUGUCGAUGAGAACCCAAUGGUGAAGGAUUUCUCUGAAGUUUUCCCACCCAACGUACUAGGACUACCACCAGUCUACAACGUCAAAUUUUCUAUCAAUUUUAUUUCAGGUACUGGAUCCAUCUCUAUUUCUCCUUACAAAAUGGCCCCCUUAGAGUUACUAGAACUAAAGAACCAAUUGGAAUACCUUAUGUCUAAGAAAUUCAUUCGGCCUAGUGUGUCACCAUAG